UGGCAGUGGCAGUUGACGUUGUCAACAAACGUCAGCCGACGUCACGUCAUUCGAUUCGAUUGCAUUUAGUUGAAUCGUGUUGCUGUUAUCCGGCUUAAAGUAAUAUAAUUUAUUUAAAUUAACACAAAUUUGUAAUGAACUUAUUUUAAAUACGUACAAAAUGCGGAUAACAAAUUUAAGACGCGGAAGGAUCGCGCGUAUGGGUGGUAUCUGUGCAAUUUUACUAAUGCUCAUUUACGCUUUACACAAGUGGUCAAACGAAAACGUCGGCAAACAAGAGGAUGUAAUAGUUUCGGACUCGCUUAGUAAUUCUUACAAAUCGCACCGUGAUGUUUAUCCGACCCUGAAAACCGAUAUGUUGGGUAACUUCGAGCCCAAAGCGCGGCGGUCAGUGGUUGGGCCCGGCGAGGAAGGCAAGCCUUUCCACAUGCCACAGGACCGUGCCAACGACGUGGCCGAGUCGGAGAGCGAGUACGGCAUGAACAUAGCCGCCUCCGACAUGAUCGCCAUGAACAGGUCGAUUCCCGACACGCGUUUGGAAGAGUGCAAAUACUGGCACUAUCCAACACGGCUGCCAUCCACGUCGGUAAUCAUCGUGUUCCACAAUGAGGGCUUCUCCGUGCUGAUGCGCACCGUGCACACCGUCAUCGACCGCUCGCCGCCGAACAUACUGCACGAGGUGGUGUUGGUGGACGACUUUUCCGAUAAGGAUAACCUAAAGUCAAACCUCGAUAACUACAUAAAGCGAUGGAAAGGCAAAGUGCGUUUAAUUCGCAAUUCACAGAGGGAGGGACUUAUAAGAACCCGCUCCAGGGGCGCCCAGGAGGCUACGGGCGAAGUUAUAGUGUUCCUUGAUGCUCAUUGCGAGGUGAACGUGAACUGGCUGCCGCCGCUACUCGCGCCCAUUUACCGAGACUACAAGACUAUGACCGUUCCAGUUAUAGAUGGAGUCGACCACAGAACCUUCGAGUACAGGCCCGUGUACGCCCACGACACCAACUUCAGAGGCAUCUUCGAAUGGGGAAUGCUCUACAAAGAAAACGAAGUACCAGACAGAGAAGCCAACAAACACGCGCACAAAUCCGAGCCCUACAAGAGCCCUACACACGCGGGUGGUCUUUUUGCUAUAAACAGGAAGUAUUUCCUGGAAAUUGGAGCGUAUGACCCCGGUUUAUUAGUUUGGGGAGGUGAGAAUUUCGAGCUCAGCUUUAAAAUUUGGCAGUGCGGCGGCAGCAUCGAGUGGGUGCCAUGUUCCAGAGUAGGCCACGUUUAUAGAGCAUUCAUGCCCUAUUCUUUUGGCAACUUGGCGAAAAAUCGCAAGGGUUCACUGAUAACUAUAAACUACAAAAGAGUAAUCGAAACGUGGUUCGACGAGGAGCACAAAGAAUACUUCUACACUAGAGAGCCGAUGGCGAGGUUCUUGGAUAUGGGGGACAUAAGCGAGCAAGUGGCCUUGAAAGAGAAGCUGAAGUGCAAGGACUUCAAGUGGUUCAUGGACAACGUGGCGUACGACGUUUACGACAAGUUCCCAAAGCUGCCCAAGAACGUGCGCUGGGGUAUGGUGCGCAACAAAGCCGGAAACGUGUGCCUCGACACCAUGGGCAAAGCGGCGCCCGCGUAUAUUGGCACGUCAACAUGUCACGGCGCCGGCAACAACCAGCUGUUCCGGCUCAACGCGGCCGGCCAGCUCGGCGUCGGCGAGCGCUGCGUCGAGGCCGACGCCGACAGCGUCAAGCAGGCCAUCUGCCGGCUCGGCACCGUCGACGGGCCCUGGAGGUACGACGAAGGAACCCACCAAAUAAUCCACAGACUGCACGACUACUGCCUGACGCUGCAGCCGCCCGCGCGCAGCCUGGCGCUGGCGCCGUGCGACCCGCGCAACACCUACCAGCAGUGGAGCGUCACGCACAAGCAGCCCGCCUGGUGAUGCUGCCGCCCGCGCGCAGCCUGGCGCUGGCGCCGUGCGACCCGCGCAACACCUACCAGCAGUGGAGCGUCACGCACAAGCAGCCCGCCUGGUGAUGCUGCCGCCCGCGCGCAGCCUGGCGCUGGCGCCGUGCGACCCGCGCAACACCUACCAGCAGUGGAGCGUCACGCACAAGCAGCCCGCCUGGUGAUGCUGCCGCCCGCGCCGCGCUAGCUCCACUACACCCAAGUGUUCGAGGCGGAGACUCACCGCCACGCUGGCCGAGCUAUGCUGACGCGUGCGACUGUGUGAAGCAGAAAAAAAAGUGGCCUAAAUGUGCGGCUAAAUUAUCCGGGUGUAUCGAGUUUUUCGCUUCUGGUGCGCUUAUUUAUCUAGUGUAUUCCUAUUUGUCUCGGGCACAGAUGGGAAUAGGUGCAUUCACACCUGUCCCCGCCUCAUAUAUGGCGGCGGUCACGUGCAGCGGGGACAAAUGGGAAUACACCAGCGGUCGCUAUAACUUAGAACGUCUUCACUCCUUCCACCACCGUCCCCUGCGCUGCGGUUUCAUUUAGGCAAAUUCGCCUCAUAUAUAUAUAUAUCUCCUCGGAUCUCGUGUUUAUAUGCUGCAGCCGGCAAUUAAGCCCAGAAAGCAUAUCUUGGUCUCGUUUAGCACUGAAAAACGACUUAGAAGUAAUCAGAAGCCUUCUAUCCAGUAAGGACUCGUUUUUUAGUUGUGUUUGAGAUGAGAGGAUAGAUCUGCACUAAUAAUUAUCGUUACCUUUCGUAGAACUUAACGAUUCUUCCUUUUGGCAAUGGACAUGGCAUUUUGAUUCGACGUGACACUGUUAAUGCAACCUGUAUGGCCAUGAACUAAUGCCACGUCGGUUAUUUUAAAACCUUAUUGACUGCAGUAAAUGAAUAUAGGUAAUAGGUUGCAGUGUGCUUAGAAUUUUUAUAUAAUUUGUUUUUUUUUUGUUCUAACUGAAGUAAAUGUCAGAAUAAGACAAAAUUUAUGAAACAUGCAUUUAUUUAUUUUUAAUUUAAUUCGUUGUGUCACUUUUGUCAGAGUACAUCUCUAACCUAUUAAUUUACGGAGAUAUAUUUUACGAUGCUAUG